UCUACCGGCCCCUCCUCCGCCCGCCGUCGGCGUCGCCGGGUCCCGCUCGGUGUCUGGCGGCGGCGGUAGCGGCUGAGGGGACGCCGCUGCGACCGGGGCCCGCUUAACGCCGGGAGGAAGCUUAGCCAGAACCGCACCGUGGGGCCGGGGUUGCCCGGCCCCCGCCCGCCCGCGGGGCCGCAGUUACUGUGAGGAAGUGAAAUAGCAAAACAGUGAAGUCUCCUCCCUUCUCCACAAAAAUUGGGGAAAUGCUCUUGAGCAAUUAGGAGAAGAGAAAAAAGGAUUUUAAGAUACAUUUCACUCUGCACAAGACAAAAACCUUUGGAUCUGAAGCCUUCCCAACUGGCUUGAAUAAUCUGGGACCUUCUUGGGCUGGCAGGACCUGACUGGAUGUGUGAGGAGAUUGAGCUGUAGAGGUGUGUGGAAGUUUUUACCACUUCCCUGCUGUCUAGCUCAACUAUUCUAAGGGCCCAGCUGUGUCUCUUCAGUUAGCUGAAGAUGGCAGACCAGAGGCAACGCUCCCUCUCUACCUCUGGAGAGUCACUGUACCACGUGCUGGGCUUGGACAAGAAUGCCACUUCAGAUGACAUCAAAAAGUCAUACAGGAAGCUGGCAUUGAAAUACCACCCUGAUAAAAACCCUGAUAAUCCAGAGGCAGCAGAGAAGUUCAAAGAGAUCAAUAAUGCCCAUGCCAUCCUGACAGAUGCCACCAAGAGAAACAUUUAUGACAAGUAUGGCUCCCUGGGGCUCUAUGUGGCAGAGCAGUUUGGGGAGGAAAACGUGAACACCUACUUUGUGCUGUCCAGCUGGUGGGCCAAGGCCUUGUUUGUGUUCUGUGGGCUCAUCACAGGCUGCUACUGCUGUUGCUGUCUGUGCUGCUGCUGUAAUUGUUGCUGUGGGAAGUGUAAACCCAAACCUCCUGAAGGUGAGGAGCAGGAGUACUACGUCUCUCCAGAGGACUUGGAGGCACAGUUGCAGUCAGAUGAAAGGGAGGCCUCAGAAACACCUAUAGUGAUACAGCCAGCAUCAGCCACAGAGACAACCCAGCUCACAGCUGACUCCCACCCCAGCUACCACACCGAUGGAUUUAAUUAAGUUAAGGAACCACUCUCCUUAGAAUGGAUUAGAAAACAAACAAAACCAAGAAGCUAUUAUUAUUAUUAUUAUUAUUAUUAUUAUUAUUAUUAUUAUUAUUAUUAAAAAUUCCAUGGCCAACUCAACACUAGAAUCAUGAACAUUAGAAGUAGAGAAUGGGGAGGGGGAAAGCUUGAAUUCUGCCCCAGUCAGGAGGCAGCUUUCCAACCUGCCAGAAGGAUUUUGUAAUCCCUUCAGCCUUUUUGUCCCCUUUCAGUGUCGUAUCUUGAGGAUACCUGAAGUGCUGUAGCAUGCAGUAUUUAAAGCAGUUUAGCUACAGUCUUUAUUUGGUUCCAAUUUUUUUUUUACCUUCUUUUCCCCUCCUGUUUUGGGGUUGUUGUUGUUGUUUGGGUUUUUGUUGUUUUUUUUUUUAGGGGGGAUUUAUUUUUCUGUUGUUUUGUUUUCUUCUCCUUUUGUUCUUUUCUAGCAUGUCUGGAAUUCUGUUAAAUGUCUGUGCUGUAAUGUAUUGAGCUGUCCCAAUAGCAAUGUGAUGGAGGCAUUCUGCAUUUUAAGCCUGAAAAACCAUCCCCCCACCACCCCCAAACCCCCCCCCCCCCCCCCAACCAAAAUGAAGUUGGAAGUUUCUGGCAGAAGCCAACACUCUUCUGUGCAGCUGAGCUCUUGAAGACCCUUCUCAAAGCUGAUGGGUUUGAGUGCAACUAACCCCAAAUCCUUUUUCCACCCCCCCACCCCCACCUCCUAUUCCUCUUGUCUUUAUCUCAGCAAGUUUACAAAGCCAAGAACCAAAACCAGCAGAGCUGGAGUUCUCCUUGCUGCUGGUUUUCAGCUUAAAUAAAUCUACCUUGAGAAAUAAACCAACAAAGAGGGAGAGUUUGGAAGAGUAAAUUGAGGAGCAGCUCUUUGCCUGGAAGGUGACCUUCAGGGGAUGAUGCUGUAAGCACAACCCCAGCUUUGAAGGUGGCUCUGAGGGGUUUUCCCUUUUCAAGCACAAUCCUGGUUUGGGUUGAGUUUGGGUGGUUUAGAAGCCUCAGCUUGGCACAGUUGAUUUCCUUAUCUCUUUUUUGAGGGGGAGCUGCAUGAGAAACUUGAAGCUGAGCUGGUGGUUUGCACCAGGGCAGAUUCUGCAGGGUGUGAAAUGCAAGCAAGGAAGGAACAAAACCUCAUUGGGUUUUAAAUAUGUGCCCUCUAAACUUGAGUGUUUGAUGGGGAAAUGAUUUGGGUGUUGAGUCUCUUCUCUUCAAGCUUUUAGCAUCCAACCAGCCCUUUAGUUUUCACAUGAGCCCCUUUGGGAAGUACUCAGGUGGGUGUUUUAGUCUAUCCUUUGCACAGUCCCCUGCCUUUAGAUUCAUUUCCACCACUGCUUUCCCCAGAACAACUGCAGGGACAUCACUGAGAGGCUUCCUGCACUGUAGUGACACCAAAUUUUGUUUGGAUUCUGCUCUGCAAACUCUGCUUUGUUGAGAUUGUGCUGUUCAGAAAGCUUGGUGUUGACUUGCUGGCGUUUGGUUUGUUGGUCACAAUCCUUGCUGUGGAUCUAGAACAGCUGCCAGAGAACUUAGGCUGUCACUGCUUGGUUACAGCCUGAUGCAUUCUGAUCAUUGUGGGUUUAUAGCACCAAGCCUCUGCUUUGCCUCCCUCUCCUCCUCCCUUUUUUGUCUCACUCCCCUCCUCAUCAUUUUUUGCCUCACUCCCCUCCUCUUCCUCCCUUUUUUGCCUCCCUCCCAUCCUCCUCCCUUUUUUGCCUCCCUCUCCUCCCUCUCCUCCUCCUCCUCCCUUUUGUGCCUCCCUCUCCUCCCUCUCCUCCCUCUCCUCCCUCUCCUCCCUCUCCUCCCUCUCCUCCCUCUCCUCCCUCUCCUCCCUCUCCUCCCUCUCCUCCCUCUCCUCCCUCUCCUCCCUCUCCUCCCUCUCCUCCCUCUCCUCCUCCUCCUCCUCUUCCCUUUUGUGCCUCCCUCUCCUCCUCCCUUUUUGCCUCCCUCUUCCUCUUCCUCUUCCUCUUCCUCUUCCUCUUCCUCUUCCUCUUCCUCUUCCUCUUCCUCUUCCUCUUCCUCUUCCUCCUCUUCCUCCUUCUCCUCCUCCCUUUUUGCCUCCCUCUCCUGUUUCUCUCAAGAGUCUCUUUCCAGCCCCCAGCUGCUCUUUGCUGCUGCACCAGCCCCUGGUGUUGCUUUGGCAGGGGGUUGAGCACUGUCAGUCUGUAACAAACCCACCAGGAAAGGGACUGAGCCUGUCAGGGAAUCAUUCCAAGUAGCUUUUCCUGCUGCUGUUGCAUGAGUUGAAGACAAUGGAGCCUGUAAAACCUGCCAUGGAGCAGUGUUAAAGCCUGCUGGGGAGGGGAAGAUGUUCUUAGCUAUGGACUCAGUGCUUGGGGAGGGAAGUUUGCAAACCCACUUUGCCUGGGCCCAGAAGUUGCUCCUGAAAGGAGAUACUACUUUUAAUGAGCUGGCUGGAUCUCAGCAGCAACCUCUUUGAGCUGUCCCUCCCUUGCCAACAGUCCUUUCAGACCUGAAAUUUGGUGGCUUCAUGGGAGGUAACUUUUAGCUUGUUGGUUUUUAUCAGCAAAGGUCUCCUGGGUGGCCCCUGAGGAGAGGAUGGUUUGGGUCUUUUAGAGAUUGAUAGAAUGGUUUUAGGUUGGAAGGGACCUUAAAGCUCAUCCAAUUCCAACCCCCUGCCAGCCUUCCACUAGGUCAGGUCACUCAAGGCCCUCAUCCAGCCUGACCUCCCAACACCUCCAGAGAUUGGACCCUUAUUUAAUUCAAAGGCUUUGACCCCUUAGCCUGAAAAAGUAGUGGUUUAGGCUUCAGAAUGAGUGUCACAUUGGUUGUCCUUGGUGGCUUUGCCUGCAGCCUGGUCUUGGUGCUGAACUGCAUGCUUGGGUAGCUGCAAGCUUUGCUCCCCUAAAUGCCACUGCUUAGAAUUGACCUUUCCUGUGUGCAAAUGAUGUUCUUGGUUAAUAAGGGUGAAGUGUUGGGUUGGAGGGGAGGGUUAGGGCUUUGUGAUGGAUCAGAGGGGUUCAGCAGGAGGAGGAAGAGGCUGUGGCCCUGUGUGCUGUAGUUUGUUACCCUCCACGUCACUGUGGUGACACAGAGGCAGUUGUGCUGGCUGUUGUGGAGCAGGUCUGACCCCUCUGGGCUCCUCCUUGCUCUUAAUUUGGAAUCAUUUCUCAGUUCUCAACCCCUCUGAGCCACCCCCACUGAAGUGGGAAGGCUGGCAGGAGGUUGUGGCUCUGCCUUGUGAUGCACCGAGGGGUGUGGGCAGAAGGUGAGGAUCAGAGGAGAUGCUGUUGCCUGUAUUGUGUGGGAGGAGACAGCAUUUGCUGGCUUAGCCCUGACUUAGCAAGGCCUGAGUCUGAGAGAGACCAAGUUCCUUUCAGCUGUGCCUGUGAGUGCUGUUUAUGGGCACUGCUGUGAGCUGAUGCUCCAAGGGAAACCACUCUGAGAUAGCCCAGUGAGAAGGAAUGGCUGGAAAAGAGGUUUUGAGGUGAACAUUCCUGGUUUCUGAAGCUGUUUGAAGCUUGCCCAUCUCUAACCUCUGCAUUGCAGAUCAUUACCUUGACCAUAGCUCCUCUCACCCUGUCUCUGCUCAAACAUAGCCUCUCCAAACCAAACCUGGUGUCAGCAGAAGGUGAGUGGCUUCACACCAGGCAGGCACCCAGAGGACUAUCCUGGCCUCUAACAUGAGUUGCACUUCCAAAAGGCCAAAUGGCAUCUUGCUAAAUGCAGAGUUGUGCUGGGAAGGAUGAGUAAAAAGCCUGCUGCAGAGGAUUGCUGGGCAGCUGCAGCAGCCCUGCAGGCACCGCAGCCCUUCCCUGGCUUUAGCUGCAGAAUGUUUCCUCCCCAGUUCACCCUGAGCACUGCUGAUCUCUUCCCUCUGUUGCCAGAGUUAAAACUUUGGCUCAUUCUUGUCUUUUUUUGUUUUGUUUUUUGUUUCCUUUCUUUCCUUUCUUUUUCCCCUCUUUGUUUGUUUGUUCCAAGUUGUAUCAUGUUUGUUCUUACAAGUUGCCUGAGAGCUCUGCCGCAGCAGUUCCAUCAAACCUCUUCAGCAACCUCCUGAUGAGGGGAGAAGCUGAUGUGGAGAGCUGCUGCUGGCUGGUGUUCAGGACCACUGCCUCCACCUCCUGAGCACGGAGAAGCUGUUGAUAGCUGAGGGGUGAGCAGGGAGAGCUCCUGCCUGGCUGUGGAGCACUCUCAGGUACCCUCCCUCCUGCAGAAGGAAGCGGCGCUGGACCUGGUGCCCCAUCCUGGUUGGGACUGGACAGAUCCCCUUCCCCCCCCUCCAAAAAUGCACUGUCAGGACAAACUCGAAGUGGGAUGGAGUGGUGCUGCACCCCCCCCCGGAUGCCAGCUUGCUGUGGUAGUGGUGUUUGUAGGGAAUCCUGCCCCAUUUAUCUGCAUACACAUUUGCUGCUGGCCACCCCCCUGGCCCCCGAGAGGAGGAGAGCUCUGCUGAUUCCACACAGCGAUGCUUUAGAGCCGUUCAGUCUCCUUUUCAGGCUCCUCUUUAGGUCUGUAACCUUUUUAAACUGCUUUAGAUAUCAUUGUUCUGCUUCAAAAUGUGAUGCUCUGAGGUUUGGGGUCGAGGGGUUGCAGUCAGAAUCAAGCAGCUCAAGCCCCCUGGCAGGGAGGUGUCAAAGCCCUUUGUGCCAGCUGCUGAACGCUGCAGGUGUGCUGUAGCUCAGCAGAGAACUCCUGUCCCAGCCCUGAAGUGGUUGUGUGGUGCUGUAGAGGGACAUCUCUGUGCUCUUGGGGUGGCUUUAGCAGAGCAUCUGCACCUUCUGCACCGCUUGGGACCUACUUUUAUCAGCUGCUUUGUGCCCUUGGUCCAUCCCUUUGGUGGUGUUGAUAUUUCCAGGUUGAUUGAUGAGAUCUGGGGGGGAUCUCUGGGGCUGUCAAGUGUGUUUGUGCUGCAGGCUUUUCCUACCCACUGCAACCGCUCACAGCCUUGUGUGGGACAGGAGGCUUCUGCCAGGGGCACAGGGAGGCUUUGGCAGCCCCCACCUGCUGCCUGGCUGGAUGCUGUUGAAGUUCAUGUUGCUCUUAGAGCACUGAGAAGGAACCCCCCCCAGGAGGAGUGUUGCUAGUGUAAAGUGGAUGUAAACUCACCCUGCUUCAUCAGCUGCUGCUGCUGCUCUGGCUGCCAGUGGAGAUCUCCUGGUGUGCAGUGUAUCAUGAUACCAGCUACUGCUUCACACCCCUUGAGAGGAACUUAACUGGGAGCUAAUAAGAGUGACAAGUGGCUCAAGCCCUGCCAGAGCCCUGCUCUGCUCCACGUCCUGCAUCAUCAGGAGGCUUGCCCCAGGACUUGGUGAAGUUGCCCACCCCUCAAGAGCUGCUUUCUUGGCCAGAAGAGGAUGCUGAGGGGAGCUGUGUCUGGGACCUGCGCACAAACCAAAGGCCCUGAGCCCCGAGGAUGAGCCUUCGAGUGGACAUCAAAUGCCAGUGCCACCCAGGGAGCUGCUCUUUGCUGUUCAGAAGGGAAGAGGCUGGGAACUGCCUGUGGCUC